GAGACUCGGCGCUGUGGCCCUGAGCUCAUGGCGCUGUACCAUCUCUUCUCUCACCCAAUCGAGCGCGCUUACCGCGCGGGGCUCUGCUCCAAGGCCGCGCUCUUCCUGCUGUUGACCACCGCGCUCACCUACAUCCCCCCGCUGCUGGUGGCCUUCCGGAGCCACGGGUUUUGGCUGAAGCGGAGCAGCUACGAGGAGCAGCCGAAUGUGCGCUUCCAGCACCAAGUGCUGCUCGUGGCUCUCUUGGGGCCCGAGCCUGAAGCCUUCCUCGCCUGGAGCACGUUCCCCACCUUCAACCGGCUGCAGGGGGCUCACCUGCGCGUCCCGCUUGUGUCGUCCAGAGAAGAAGACCGGAACCAGGAUGGAAAAAUGGAUGUGCUGUACUUUAAACUUGAACUUCCCCUGCAACCCACAGAGCAUGUCCUCGGUGUGCAGCUAAUCCUGACCUUCUCCUACCAACUGCACAGAAUGUCAACAUUCGAGAUGCAGAGCAUGGCCUUUCUCCAGUCCUCCUUUGCUGUCCCUGGGUCACAGUUACACGUGAAUGGCGACCUGAGGCUGCAACAGAAGCAGCCACUGAGCUACCGUGGCCUGGACAUCAGAUACAACGUGUCCGUGAUCAAUGGGACAAGUCCUUUUGCCCAGGACUACGACCUCACCCACAUUGUUGCCGCCUAUCAGGAAAGGAAUGUUACCACUGUCCUCAGUGACCCCAACCCGAUCUGGCUGGUGGGCAGAGCCGCUGAAGCUCCGUUUGUGAUCCAUGCUGUCAUCCGCUAUCCCGCCGAAGUCAUUUCUUACCAGCCAGGGUUCUGGGAGAUGAUCAAGUUCGCCUGGAUCCAGUAUGUCAGCAUCCUGCUGAUCUUCCUCUGGGUGUUUGAAAGAAUCAAAAUCUUCGUGUUUCAGAACCAAGUAGUGACCUCUAUCCCUGUAGCCAUGCCCCAGGGAGAGAUACGGAAAGAGCACUUAUCCUGAGAAGAUACCCGGUCAGGAGCCCAAGGGACCGCGGCUACCUCAUUCCUGUCUUCUGAGACCUGCCAUCUUACAACAUUUCUGCGAAGAGCCCACCGGACACUUUCAAGCCUGCAUGUUUCACUUCAGAGACAAAGAACGGGUUUUCCAGGGCUGGACUGCACAAAAUCCACGCCUUCAAAGCACCGAGGGAACCCACAAACACUAGUUUGUGGAAAGGUCUCAGGGUGGCCGGGGCCUGUGAUUUUUGUUUUGUUUUGUUUCUGCUUUUGCUUUGCUUUGGCCUUGGAUUUCAGGGAGAAAAUUACUGUGAGUUCAUACAUCUUUGAAAGAGCCCCACCUCUGGUCAAGCGAAGAGUCUUUUGAACUGGGAUGCCCUGCGCACUCCUCUCUCCUCCGGGGCUCUCACAAGAGGCACGCAAGCCCCUAGUACAUUCUACUCCUAGUUAUCUACACAGUGCCCAUUUAGAACUUUGAUUUCCAGAACUGAAGCCUCUUAACUGGAGACCGGAAGGGGGCAGGUCAGGACCUAAAUACCAGCGGCUCAAAAACCACGUGCUUGCUGGCGGGUAACUUAAGGGCGGGAGGACCAGACACCUGCCCUCAGGCUAAUAGAUGGGGGUCUAUCAUCAGUUCAGCUGAACGGCCCUCUGUGCCUGCCCUGCUGCGGCUGGCUCUGUGCCCUGUUUCUUGCCCUCUGUCUGUGCCCCUGGGAUGGCGGCUGGAGUCAGAAGCGCCUGCUUCAUUCAGUCCGUCUCCCUAUCCCCUCCCUGCACCAGGGGAGGAUGGCGGGCUUCUAACAACUGGUUCUUUCUCCCUGGCUCUCACCCAACAGCCUGGCCACUCCUCCUUGAUGGCCUUCCCCCUUUCUGAAAGGAUGUGGGUGACAGAGGGGUUGUUGUUGGCAUUGGCAUCCACUGCCUGACAACCGCAGGGUUGAUUUGGAGGCUGAGCUGAAAACUCAGUUGUUUUGCAGUUCCCUUGAUUAAGGACCAGAGUACCUACCAGAGGGGAGGCAUGAGGAGAGUGAGGAAAGAGGCUGAGCAGAGCAUCUAAGCCAACCUGGCCCUUAACGGAGUGAGAAGGAGCCUAGCCAGAUAGCCCUGUAAUCUAUAGAGGUACGAACCUACAAAGACAUCUAUCUACUCUGCAUCCAAAACUGUUAUUUGGCCCCGUUCCUUCCCCGAGCAAGUGUGUUCUCCUAAAGACCUCCCUCCCUCCGCUACAUCAUUAGCCCCGCCCUGGAAGGAUGUUCCUACCCCAUCCCCAUGCCUCCAGGUCUAACCACAAGCACUCCUCACCACGUGCCUCAGUUUACCUUGGAGACAUCCUUCUGUCAGGCUGAGCAAAGUAAGAAUUUUGAAAAAAAAAAAAAAAAAGCUAUUUUGAGUAUUCAAGGAGAAAAACUCUCUACUAAUUUCUCUGACUUAACACAGCCGAUUAUAUGCCUGAGUGGGCUUAUUUUUUUUUUCCUGAAGAUAUACAUGAAAAAAUGGUCUCUGAUUUCAAUUUCAAAAAGGUUAUGAGAUGUGGCUCAGUUGGAAGAGCGCUUGCCUGGCACACUUGGAGCCCUGGGUUCCAUCCCCAGCUACACAUAAACCUUUAUGGUGGUGCAAGCCUAUAACCCCAGCACAUUGCAGGUGGAGGCAGGAGCAGAAAUUCAGGAUCAUCCUUGAGUUAGAGCCCAGCCGGGGACACUUGAGACCCUGUCUCAGUAAAAUAAGGAAAUGGGUUUGGGGCCUGAUCAGAAGUAUGUUGUAUGGAAAAAAGAUAGCAAGAUACAGAAAGAUGACCAAAGAUACAAGCUCCUUUGCAUUAAGUUAAACUAUCCUGUGCAAAAAUUGUACUGAGAA